AUGGGCAUGUACGAAGCAGGGAUUCACAUAGUGCUUGAUAACCACCUGAUAACUGGUACAAUACCUUCUGAAUUAGGAAACCAUGGUAAUAUACCUUCAACUCUUUCCAAUUGUCAAAACCUUGAAGCUAUUGAUCUGUUACCGAAUGUGUUAACUGGUCCCAUAGCAGAAGCUAACGACAACAACAUUACUGGUACUAUUCCUUUUGAGAUUGGAAAUCUUAAGAGUUUGAAUUUCCUUGACCUCAGAAACAAUCGAAUUUCUGGUGUUAUCCCGCAGAGAUCUCUGGCUGUGGGAAUCUUACUUUCUUGGACUUGCAUUCAAAUUGAAUUGGUGUUUGAUGAAAUGUCUGUGAAGACUUUGUUCCUAAAAUUUUCUGGGUUUAUUUAG